AUGAUUCAACUUCAACGGAUCCCUCAUUAUCUCUUGUACAUCUUUGUUUGGCCAUACUAUGGAACCCUCGUGAGAUAUACCAUCGAGCCCCUCGAGCGCAUCGCCGCACCGCAAAACGACUUGAUUGAGUUGGGAGAAUGCGUGCAAGAUUUUGCGCGUGGGAAAUCUGCAGAGCUCAAUUACAUUGCAUUUGCAGCGACCAUUAACGCCGGUCUCACGGUUGCGACGUUUUCGUGGCCCCAUCUCGAAGGUGCGCCUUAG